AUGAGUAAUUUUAAUGAAAAUAACUUUUCUCAGGCACCCGGUGCCUACGGAUCUGUUGGGGCAGGUGGGCAAUUCGAUCCUGCUACGUUCUUUAAAAAGCCUCAGGUUGUUGUUAGACUUAUCUCACUGUUAUUUGCCAUCAUAGUAGCCGGAUGUGUAGGGAGCCAGGGGUGGGAAGCAAUUGACUGCAAAUUUAACAAAAGUCCCAGCACUUGUAAUUUUGCAGUGUUCAUGGGAACAGUGACUUGCAUCAUCAUCUGCGUAUUUCUUGUCUUUGAUGUUUUGUUUGACAACAUUAGCAAUGUCAUAAAAAGGAAAUACAUUGUCAUUGCAGAUCUUAUAUCAUCUGCUCUCACAACGUUUCUUUGGUUGGCUUGUUUCAGCAACCUAGUUGACAAAUGGAAGAAUGUUACAAACUUAAAAAAAACAUCAAGUGAAGGUGAAUCAGCUUUGCAAGCAACCAUCGCAUUUUCAUUCUUCUCCAUUAUUACAUUUGGCAUAUUAACUGGAUUGGCAGUGAAGAGGUACAGGGAGGGUGUGACUGGUGGGGACAUGCAAGGGCCAUCUGAUUACAACACUCCUGACCCAUUUGCAAACCCUGAGGAAAGUUUCACUCCUUGA